AUGGAAGAAGAGUUGCAACUUGAAUUAACUUAUACUGAAAAGAUUCAAACUUCUUCUGGCAUCAUUCAAGGCCUUAAGGAUGAAGCCAAUGAGAUCGAAGUAUUCUUGGGUAUCCCUUAUGCUGAACCACCUGUAGGUUCACUCCGUCAUAAACCCACAGUAGAGAUAAACACUCCUAAUGAAGAACGAUUGUGUGUUGAACAUGCACCAGCCGCACCUCAGACACAAAUGCCAUUUGACACUUUAAUGUGUGUUCAAAUUGACCAUCAAGCCGAAGAUUGUCUCUAUUUAAACAUUUGGACACCUGAUACAAUUAAAGAUAAGAAACGGCCUGUCAUUGUCUGGAUACAUCCCGGUGCUUGUAUGAGGUUUGUCUGUUUA